CGGCGGUCACAUUUGGCUAAGUUGACGAUCAACACCAAGUCCAUACACCAAGAUAACUUUAAAGAUGAACGAAUCCGUCUCAAACACGAGACAACAACGUCUAAAAUCUCCCAUGACUACAGCUGAGCCUUCACAACAUGCAGAGACUGCUCCGGCAGCUCAAGCAUCACCGCCAGCAAUCACCGAAACUACUGUACAACAGCACCUACAACAGCCGGCCCAGAAGCAGACACAGCGUUAAAUCCCCAACCACCACAGCCACCGAGCUCAGCAAGCUGAACCUACAGCCCACCCUCCAAAACAACGACAUCUCCUCAGACCCCAACGCCGAACCCAAACCCCCACCUCUCUGCGCUCCGAAUCCCAGAUUCCGUGUACGAAAACAGGUGUCGGCGUCGAUCCCACGCUUACCAGUUGGACAACACGAUUGACCCUCUACCCUCUCCCCUCGCCUACCAUCUAUCUCUACCUUUAUAAUUAUACUUAUUUAAUCUUCAUUGAUUGAUAGACUGACUGACUGACUGAUGAGUAGC